AUGGCAGACGAGGCGCUCUUCCUGUUGCUGCACAACGAGAUGGUGGCGGGGCUCUACCGCGCCGCCGAGCAGGGCGAAGGGGUGAGUGGUGCCGGGGCAGCCUUGGGGAACGGUCGCUGCACCACCAAGCUGGAGAGCAUGGGCUUCCGCGUUGGGCAGGGGCUGAUCGAGAGGUUUACAAAAGAUACUGCCAGGUUCAAGGAUGAAUUAGAUAUUAUGAAGUUCAUUUGCAAAGAUUUUUGGACAACUGUAUUCAGAAAACAAAUCGAUAACCUAAGGACUAAUCAUCAGGGUAUAUAUGUUCUUCAAGACAAUAAAUUCCGUCUCUUGACACAAAUGUCUGCAGGAAAGCAGUAUUUAGAACACGCACCAAAGUAUUUAGCAUUUACUUGUGGACUAAUCAGAGGCGGCCUAUCGAAUUUGGGAAUAAAGAGUAUUGUAACAGCUGAAGUUUCAUCAAUGCCAGCAUGUAAAUUUCAGGUGAUGAUACAGAAGAUGUAGAGCACAUUUAAAUCUGGGUAUCUACCUUACAAAUCCUUUUUGUAUGGAUUCAGUGUCUCGGUUCAGCUUUGUUUGUAGCUUGUAAAUUACAGCAGU